AUGACCUCUUCCGUCACAUCCCUUGAUGAGCAGGCCCCAGUUACUUGGCCGAUACAGUCAUUUACCAUCAACCACGAUGUAAAAUCUACAGGCCCAGCACAGCUCAUGCUAGAUCGUGCCAACUCUGAGUUUGGGCUGGUGUACCAGACCCAACCUGGUGUUGCAGUGAUGGCACAGUUUCCCGAUACUGAGGAGCCGGUCUUCUUCCAGGUAUCCAAGGCGCGCGCAGUCUGCACUCGCUUUAACAACUCAUGCAAGAAAGUUUGCAUACUUAUGCCACAUAUGCAGAUCGAUCUGUGCUUCACGAUUAGUGUAGAUGCUGGGGACUUCGUACACGCACUUGGGCGGAUUGCCACCACAGUUGGCAAUUCCUACUUCGAAGUUCAUGAAGCUGCUUCAAAUGCUGCAUUGGCCCGUGCCGACUUCAGUAUGGAGAAGGAAGGCUAUACCAACCAGAAAUAUCAGUUGUGGGUGGCAGCUCCGAACGAAAACACAUCGGAAUGGGCCCGCAUCUACAAGACUGGCAAAUGUACCGACUUCACCAUCAUCGCUUCCGGUAGGGUGUUUCAAGCUCAUCGCGUCUUCCUUGCUAACGUUCUGAAGGAAACCAGCCAGCGUUCCAUCACACUGCCCGAGGACAGCCAGACUGUGAGCACAAUGCUCAAGGAGAUAUACGGAGUGUACAAUCCAACCACAGGAUCAAUAUUCAGCAAAUUUGCGCUCAGAAACGCGUUUGAGAAAGACUGUAUCAUGCGCGAUUUGCUGGCCCUUUUCGUCGCCUGUGAUAAGUACAACCUCGAAUCGAUCAAGCAGAAAGUCUCCAAGACAAUUAUUGAUCGCAUUCCCUUCAUUCAAAACCCUCUAACUAUUGUCUAUCUGGCUGCAGAGAUCUAUGGCGAAGUUGGCCCAGAAUUGGAUCAUGGUCUCCGCAACGCAAUCAUCCUGCACCUGCACGUUCGCCUACCAGCGAUCAUGGAAGACAAGGAUGCGUGGAACUACUACUCGGAGAACAAGGCUGUACUCAAAGCACUUCACUCAUACCAGUGCGGGAUGCAGGAUACGACGAGAUCUUCCGGAAUAUUCACGCCACCAGCUAGUCCACGUAAAAACACCUGUUCAAUGGCCCCCGAUGUAGCCUCCAUGACAUCGACGCACACCACCCCCGCACUCAAGAACUCACAGAAACCGCCUACGGGCCCCAACGUCCUCGAGGUUGUACUCGGCUCGCUGCUGAUCAAGCCAUGGUACCCGUCCUUUUACCCAGAAGAGCUUGUGGGAAGGCGCGUCGAACGGCUCUACGUAUGCCAAUGGUGCUUCAAGUAUAGCAAGGAGCUCGUUGGCUUCUUAGGUCAUCUGAAAGCAUGUCCCCUUCGUAACACUCCACCCCCGGGCAUUAACGUCUAUACAAAAGACAACUACUCCCUAUACGAGAUCGAUGGCGAGAAGAAUAAGCUUUAUGCGCAGAACCUAUCGCUCUUUGCGAAGCUCUUCCUCGACACCAAAUCGGUCUUCUACGACGUUACGACCUUCUUGUACUAUCUCCUAGUUGCGCACAAUCCCACACCUAGCAUACCCAACACCAAUCUUGAAGAAGAGACGACGCCAAGUGGGGUCGGGGCGCAGGGGCAGGUUGUGGGCUUCUUCAGCAAGGAGAAGAUGAGUUGGGACAAUAAUAACCUAGCAUGUAUAUUGGUCUUCCCACCGUGGCAGAAGCAAGGAUUAGGCCAGCUAUUGAUGGGGGCAAGCUACGAAAUGAGUAGGCGAGAGGAGAGGCUGGGUGGUCCUGAGAAGCCAUUGUCCGAUCUCGGUCGCAUUGCCUACAACCAUUACUGGUCACAAACACUUGCUCGUACCCUCCUCUCAUGUCCGUCUAAGAAGACACUUACUGUGCAAGAACUUCGCGAAAAGACGUACAUUGUGCCUGAGGACAUCAUCGCAACUUUGCAGCUGAUGGAUGUUCUCGAACAGAAAAAGAAGGGCGGCGCAGAUGCCGUAAUUAACAAGGCAAAAGUCAGAGCAUGGGCGGAUAAACACAAGGUAGAUGUCAAAAGCUGUCCGGUGGAUCCUGAUGCGUUUAUUGUACGGGCAGUAAGCAGGGGUGGCAGUGAAGAGUCUUGA